AUGAAUUUUGGAAGGAGAAACACUCAUAAGUUCUAUUUCAAAUGUCCUGAAUUGACAAAGUUAAGGAAGCUAGGAUCUUUGGUGGCUUAUCCUUCUGAUUUCAAAUACCAAUAUGGUAGACUUAUGAUUGUGUUGAAUACUGAUGUAGAAGACGGAAUUCUAAACACCUUGGUCCAGUUCCAUGAUUCAGCAUAUAGAUGUUUCACUUUUCCUGAUUAUCAGAUUUCACCUACUUUGGGGGAGUAUUCCUAUUACAUACGCUUACCUAUAUCAGAUCAGAUAUCGUUCAGUGGUUUAGAGGAGAUUCCUAAGUCUCAUGUCAUUGGAGAGGUUGUGCAUUUGAGAAAAUGGGAGAUUGAUGAUAAUCUUAUGACUAAAGGAGGUAUUCUUAUUCUACCUAUUAAGUUCUUAAUAGAGAAGGUUGCUACUCUUGCUAGUGUUGGGAGUAUGGUUGCUUUCGAAGAUGUUCUCGCUUUGCUUAUCUAUGGCAUAGUCUUGUUCCCUAAUGUUGAUAACUUUAUAGACAUCAAUGUUAUCCAUAUUUUUCUGAUUCGAAAUCCAGUUCCUACUUUGCUCGUAGAUACCUACUAUUAUAUUCAUCACAUAACGGAGAAGAACGGAGGAAUUGUUAUAUGUUGUGCACCUUUACUGUAUAAGUGGUUUAUUUCACAUUUUCCGCAAUCCAACUUAUUCAAGGAUAACAAGAAAUUUUUGAGGUGGUCUCAGAGGAUCAUGUCUCUCACCAACGCAAGUGUGACUUGGUAUUCUAGAGUUUAUGAUGACGUGAAAAUUACUGACAAUUGUGGUGAAUUCCCUAGUGUACCUCUUCUUGGUACAAAAUGA